UCUCAGACCGCGCACGGUGGUCUUAUCAUAUCCUUAACGGACACCCUGGGAUCUCUCGCCGUCGCAUCGGGAGCUCAGUACGUGACCGAUGUUUCGACAGACAUAGGAGCUUCAUUCAUCAAACCUGCUGGGAGAGCCGGUGACGUUCUACAUGCGAGGGCUACAGUCACUGCAACGGGCAAGUCCCUUGCACAUACGCGUGUCGACUUCACGAGUCCUACGGGAGAUCUUGUCGCCUACGGACGUGCGUCCUUUUGCUCCUUUUCUCACACAAAAUACGUUGCCAAGCCGUCUUUGGAUUCUAACAAUUUCAAGUUCUCCGAGGACGGAGAAACUGUAAGAAAAGGCAAAAAUAUAGACUGA